AAAUGUCGAUCUAGGUUUCACAGGUUCAAAAUUCACGUGGUCAAGGGGUCGUUGUCAUGUUAGGUUGGACAGAGCUUUAGUCAAUGAGGAGUGGGAGCUAGUUUUAUGAAAACAACGGUUACCAACCUGCCUCGUGUGGCGUCGAUCAUUCGCCGAUAUUGGUCAGCAUAAAAGAGAUUACUGGCCAAGCUCCUAUACCCAAACAGUUCGAGAUAUCUAGUAAUGUGGGAAUCUCACACUAAGUGGCAUAAGUGGUUGAAGGAAGCUGGUGCAAAGAGCGUAGUUUACAGGAGGCGCAAGACAUCUUAGUCGCGAGAAUCCAGGAAGUUUGACAUUUGGUUAAGCGUAAAACGAGUUUUGGCAAGAUUCAAUUCUAAGCUAAACCCAUUCAACUGCAGUCAAAAUGAGCCUGCGUUGAUAGAAAGAGAGCUCUUUUCAUGAAACUAGAAAUAUCGUAAUAGAAGAAUCGAAUAAGGCCCAAAACUCCCAUUUCUUUCUUUGGUCAACAACCAAGAAAAGCUUUCGUUUAGUUCUAAGUCUCUCUUUUUUGGGGAGCGGAGCAUCAAAGAAUGAAACAAAGCAAAUGAUUGUUCUAGAAUGGCUAUUCCUCACAAUUGCUCCUUGUGAUGCAGCGGAACCAUGGCAAUUAGGAUCUCAAGACGCAGCAACACCUAUGAUGCAAGGAAUAAUAGACUUACAUCACGAUAUCUUUUCUUUCUCAUUCAGAUUUUGGUUUUCGUAUCAUGGAUCUUGGUUCGCACUUUAUGGCAUUUCCACUAUAAAAAAAUCCAAUCCCGCAAAGGAUUGUUCAUGGAACUACUAUCGAGAUUCUUUGGACUAUAUUUCCUAGUAUCAUCCUGAUGUUCAUUGCUAUACCAUCAUUUGCUCUAUUAUAUUCAAUGGACGAGGUAGUAGUAGAUCCGGCCAUUACUAUCAAAGCUAUUGGACAUCAAUGGUAUCGGAGUGCGCCCUUCACGAGGGUGAUUUAAGUGCAACGAAAUGCCUUAAAGUUGAAUAGGGUUCGCGAAGUAUCGGCUUACUUGGUAAUCUCCCAUUCCCGCCGUCGAGAGACUUUAAUAACUAUAGCAUGCCGAAACGGGAGUUGAGGUGGUUAGACUUAUACCCCGAAAUGCUCCCAGCAUAGGAGCCUAUGGUUCCAUUAUGGUUGUUCUUUGGAGGUACACAUCCCUCUUCUCGGUGUGGAACGAUAUACGAGAAAUAGAUGCUCAGCCUGCAAUGUCCGAUAACGGCGCUGAAGUAGUGAAUCUAUCGGCACCAUAGCAGUGGCAUACAACUUUGGACCUAACGGCCAGCCUAGUAACCUUUCGGAAUGGGGAUCCCGUUGGCAACAACCACGGUAGUAGUUGCGGAACUCUGGGCCGGAGAGGACACCUGUUGUUCCUGCUCCUCUUUCUUCGCUUCGGGGACGGAGGUCCUACGGUAGGUAACAGCAGGCACAAGCAACUUGACCGAAGGGGACCAGCGCUUCUACUCCUCCACCGAGGACAGCGAGAAGGAAGGGAUGUCGUGAACGGUGAGAGGUCACAGAGAAUUUACCUAUACCUAUUCAUAGAGUGAUCCUAUGAUCGAUACAGGAUAUAGACUAUCCCUUUCUUUAUUCUAUUCUUUUUCUGAAAAAAAGAUGAGCCUUUACUAGGUUGGGGCUAUGAAGCUUACCUUAUUAUUAGAGAAAGGGAGAAUGGAAACGGGAUCAAACGGAGACAUAAAAAAAUGAAAAGAAGGGUGACUCCACUUCUCAACUAGAGUUGGGGUGAGACUGUUGGCAUAAUGCACGCUGGAACGUGGGAAUUCGCUUUCCGUGGUGAACUGGUCGUUCCAUACCUUCGCCUGUCGAUAUGUGUGGAACCAAACCAGGGCUUUUCGGUUCCAGCCUCCCCUCAAAUACAUAGUCUAGGUAGGGCUGGGUGAGAAAGGGUUCCUGUUGCCAAUAAACUUUCCCCACCUUUGAUUUGAUUACCCUUACUCAUAAAGGGUUUUACGGCCGGGAGAACUAAAGAAAAAUAGUGUUCUUUCUAAGAGUAGGCGUGGAGAGCUUUUGCGAGGAAACUUGCAAGUCAAGUUUGGGGAGGCGGGCGUCGACCCAACCUUAUGAGUAUUCGGACUAUAACAGUUCCGAUGAACAGUCACUCACUUUUGACAGUUAUAUGAUUCCGAAGAUGAUCCGAGUGGGUCAAUCACGUUUAUUAGAAGUUGACAAUAGAGUGGUUGUACCAGCCAAAACUCAUUUACGUAUUAUUGUAACAUCUGCUGAUGUACUUCAUAGUUGGGCUGUACCUUCCUUAGGUGUCAAAUGUGAUCUUUGUACCUGGUCGUUUAAAUCGACCUCUAUUUUGGUACAACGGGAAGGAGUUUACUAUGGUCAGUGCAGUGAGAUUUGUGGAACUAAUCAUGCCUUUAUGCCUAUCGUCGUAGAAGUGUUGAUAGGAAAGAUUAUGGUUCUCGGGUAGAAAAUCAACUAAUCCCACAAACCGAACAAGCUUAAGCGGAAAUGAAAGAGUAGAGUGAGGGAAAGGGUGGAAAGCCACUAAAUUGAAGGUACGAGCUCUCACGCUCCUUUAGUAGACAGCGAGUGGAGUGCAUAAGCCCCUUUAGAGAUAGGGCGAGUACUACACGAGCUCGUAAGUAAAGUACGGAACGAGCCUUGUCUACGAAGCAGAGCGACCUCAUCUUGCUUGCUUCGGCGAAGCUUCUAGCACUAUAUAAUAGGCAUUCGGUAUGGCAGAAUACUACUUUUAGCUCGACCACUACAUAGGAGCGAUAGCGAAACCAAGCCGUAUAAAGGCGAGCAGCUCUUGUAGCAAUAGCAAACGGCCUACUUAUAGCCCUUUUCCCCUUUCUUUGGGGACUUAAACAGGCCUUACAAGCUCAUAAAAUGGCAAUUCUUCACCCUUUACUCAGAAGAAGAAGAACGGAUUGAAGAGGACAGGACAACCGGGAAGAGAAGCGACAUAGUAGAUAUUGAUUUGAACAAAGGAACUGAAACCGGUACAGAAACCAAACAAGAGAUGGAAUUCUAAAUGGAACAGAUAAAACUCUUCAACUAGAAGAAUUCACCUCCCCCACCUUAUUAAGCAAUUAGUCUCACAAGAACUACUAGGCCUCACCUCGGCGGUAAGACCCUUUUUCCGAGAAGGAGCUACUCGCCGAUCAAGCGGAACUCCUCUUCUGUCUUACUAAACCCAAGCUAGUAAUAGGUCUGCUGCCCUCCCCUCGUCCUUGCAGUCUUUUGACUCCCCACUUCACAAGAUAUUUAUUAUAAUCCUAAUGACCCAUUAAUUACUUUUCUAUCUUAUCUUUAGUAAGGUUGCUUUACAUCCAGUGACAUAGAUUCAGCUGCAAAGCGGUAGUUUUAGGACUGGACCGUUGCGUUGACUGUGAGCAGAGAACUCGUCUUUCACCUGCUAGGUCAGCUAGCCUAUUUCGUAGUUGCAGGUGGGAAGGUUAAAUACAGCCUUCGAUCCCGUAAAAGUUCCAAGCUAUGCAAUUGAAGAGAAAAGUCCUAAGCCAAUGUAGUUGCAUUGGUAAAAAAACCCCUGGAAUUGCUUUACUUCGCCUCUCAUUACUUCAAUUGGCGUGUAUCACGAGUGUAGGAUUCCUUUUCAUGUUACAGUUUAGCAUCCCCAUAGCUUUAGUUCUCGUAUGUUUAGUGAGGAGAUGAUAAUUUAACAGCAAAGAUAGAAGCAGUGGAUUGGCCACAAAACCUCUUCUCUUUCUCAACGAGAAAAUAAAGAGAAAGGAAAAAGCAGAACUCGCAUCUGCUUCCUAAGGAAAGUAAGUAAGCUAAUUUCUUGAAAAGUUCUUUCGAUCCGGAAAGUGGAUUGACAAAAGAGAUUAGAGAUAGGUAAGAUUUUUCCAUGAUUAGAGAGAUGAGAUAGGACAGGAUAAGCUAGGGCCAGUUCCGGUCUCCUUAUGCUGUAACAAGUGUUGGAGCGAAGGUAUUUUCCAAGUUCUUCUCUAUCGACUACCAAGCAGUUGAUUAUGUAACAGUGCUUAGCUUAUACUUAUAGUAAGCACUAUAUUGAUCUUUCUUCUUUCUUAACUUAAGAGCUCUAUAGCGCCUUAGAAUGCGCCUUCUGUACCUCAUGUGUGUCGUUAAACGUUGGUUUCUCAGUAAGAAGGUACGUAGUUACUCGUACGAAGUCACUAACCUGGUUAGGUCUAGGCUUGCCUCUAGAUCCUUACGUGACGUGAAAGGCCUCGCCCGAAAGCGAGUGACAUAGUCAAUUACAUCGACCCUCGUUCUUGAUGUAUGACGUAGGUAGCUUCGUCAACAGGAACUCACACCUCUCUACCCACAAUCAGUUCUCUUGCUUGUCUGAACAGGACAGGCGGGGAGGCAUAGAAGGGAGUGGUCAAUUCCCGAACUCCGUAAUCAGUCUUUCGACGCUAGAUCAUUUCUAAGGCUUGUUAUCAUGAGUUUGAUGGUCGAAUGUAGAUCCCCUUAGCCGAGCAUAAAGCAGAACCAUCGAGCUCGAGCACACCGAGCGGCGCAAAGCGAGCAUUAAGGAAAGACAAGCGGAAAGUCAAGCCCCUUGCCCAGACUGAGAGAGCGGGGCCUAGGAGUGGAGCUAGCACCGACCAAACAAAACAAUGGCCAGUAAAAAUCAUUAUCCUUUGAAGUGGAUUUCGUUGAGCAUAAAACCAGGCGAAGAGUCUAAUUACUGCUUUUCGUUGUUUUACUUUAUAGGGUCAUAGAAAAUAAAAUACAUAAAGCCGCUAUGUUUCCUUCAAAGCACAGAUCGGAUUCGUUCACUGCUAAACAAGAGUUCCGAGUCGAUUUGGUCUCAAUCCUUUCUUCUCACUAUAAAUAGGUAAAUCGCACCUUGGUUCUUACGCAGCAUUUUAAACCUUUUUACGACUGUCUUUCCUCAUUGGCUGUAUUGAUGCCAUAAAAGACAGAAAUCGUAACUAUUGAAAUGAAAGAAUCUAAGGAUAUAGGACAGACCCUAUAAAGUAUCUCGUUUCAAAGAACCUGGUGAACUGUGCUUUUCUCUUCUCUUCUAUUCACCUUAGACGGAGAUAUCUCGAGUUGAUCAGCGUAGCGAGACAAUGGAUUAAUGGUAUCAAAGCUAUCCAACAAGGUAGGUAGCAACAUAUUCUAUAGAAGGAUUCCUUUAUUACUUUACCCCUUUUUAUUCGGACUGGGAAUUGGCGAUAGCUUUUCCUCGAGUGAGUCCAUGUAGUGAAUUCUAGUAGUUUUUAUUGCAACUUCUAAUUGCUUUACCUCCUUCGUUCCGUAUGAACCGGCUUCUUCUUCCUUGAGUGCUUUACUAGGGCCUAACAGCUCUUUGAGUGAUCGAGUUCAGUUCACAAGCUUUGAUUCGUGUUUGCCUAGUUCUUUUGCUAAUAAGGCAAUGUCCAUUGAUUCCAGCGAUUAUGAUUUCGGUUAUGACGACAAGGCGCGAAAUCCCUGAAGCAAGGUUAACAUUUCAUAACUUUCUACCACCUUUGCUGUAGAAGGACCGACGCUAAGCGCACUACUCCCAGGCAAGGUCAUAAGAACCUUUGGAAGGCAAUCCAACGAACUUGGAACUACGGUAGCUUACUUACGCAUCUGGGGCUUUAUGAUUAGCUGGUGACUCUAUAAAGGUUAAAAAGAGAUAGCAAGGAGGGACUCCUCUUAACUAGAACAACCAACCUCGCGGCUUCUUUCGCAGUAAUGAAGAGUCAAAAAAUUCCUUUCUUUCGUAUACAACUCGUUUACUCGUGUGACUACGUUUUCUCUUCCCUUAGCCGGAGUAGUGAGUUCCCCCUAGUCUACUUAUAGGCGUAUAGAUCCUCUAAAGGAGUAGCGAAGCGCUCUUCCGUCUAGUAGCAACUCCGAGUUAGUGGCUCUGCCGUGCCUAUAGCAAGGUAUAUUCGGUUAAUGUUAUUUUCUUCAUUCUACGGCUUUAAGGAUUCUUAGUCCGAGGUCUAGGCUAAUUCCUUCGUUUAGUUAGAAUUGCUUUCCUUUCCAUGCUCUGGUAUGAACACUAUAAGGGAUUGAGCUAAGCAAGCAGUACUCUUUGAUCUAGUCUAGCUAUCAAGAAUGAAAGCAAAGUCCUUUCUUUCACAACAAAAAGAACUAUCUAAGACUACCCUAUUGGAAGGCAAUUCACCCUACUAUAUAUAUAUAUAGAAAGAGAGAGCUUCCGAGCAAUACAAGAGCAUUUUCAAAGCAUAAAAUCGCGGGGUGAAACUUGGAAAUAGAUCAAUUCCUUCGUCGCGUAUCCUCGAUUAAUGCAACCUCAUAUGCUAUGUUUCCAUUGUGGAUUCUAGUAUUCAGCGGAAGGUUACGCCUAGAGAGUUCUCUUCGUAUUAUGAGUUAAUACGACUCUACUAGUCCCAAUAGGCUGGUGUUAAGAAAAGAUCUCUUGCAGGAAGGUUGGCUAGAGAUUUCUUGUAAAAACACUAGCCCCGGCCAUUCAUAAUGAGAAUAUGUUAAUCUUUUUUAUUUUAGAUUAGAUUUUUGAUUUUCCUUAUGCACAAUAGGGUGGAGCUGUAUGAGAUGCAAAUCUCACGUACGGUUCUGAAACGAAGGGUUUUAAAAUUGAACGACGACCGUAACGGGUUCUCCAACAAUGGUCUAUGGAACGGUCUAUGCACCUAGAAGGUUCGGAACAGGCUAAAGGGAUAUGCCUCUUCCCUAUGACGAGAAAUCCAACUUCCUCUUCUCAACUUUCAACUUCUUUUAAGUAAUUCUUUAUUCCCCUAAUACUUUCUUUAUUUAGUAAUUAAUUUCUUUCUUUCGGACCUCGAUCAGCGGCCACACUUUGCAUUGCCGCGAAACUAUAUUUUUCUAUCAAUGCUAUUCUUCGUGAGAAGCAGUAAAUAGCUGGAGCUUCUCUACUCUGUCAUUAGGUAGCUGGAUUUUACAGCUAUUUUGUUAUAGGAGGAGAGAAAGAGAUCGAUCUGUCUAUUCAUUUCCUUCCGUCUCCUAUUUAGGUCGGGAGGUGGGCUUGCUCUACCGCUUCCUCAUUAGAAAGCUCGCAGUGGUUCGAUCGAGGAAAGAGAGGAAAAGUGGAAUCCUCCAUCGAACCAGGAUUAGAAGGGCCUACAUCCUUAUUGUUCGGCCUUUGGGCUUACGUGAGU